AUGGAGCAAAGCGACGGGGUGUCUUCCAACGCGCUGGGCGAGAACCUGCCGCCCGGCAAUUCGAUGUCGCAGAAGCCCGGGCCGGCCUCGGCGGCGACGGCCCAGUCACAGGAGAAAUUGCCGGAGCACGUUCUCCACCAGCUUAUACUCGAUUUGGCCAUUCACGACAAGCGGGAAUACGCGCUCGCGGAGCUCUCGAAGCAGCGCGAGCACUACCCAGACCUGCCGCUGCUGCUAUGGUACUCCUUCGGCACCGUAGCGACACUCCUGUACGAGAUUGUAUCUGUCUACCACUACCUGUACCCGAUGAACCUCUCCAUGGCAGACUCGACGAAGGCGUCCAACUCGCUGACGCUGCUGCAGUGUAUCGCAUCGCAUCCGGAAACGCGCCGUCUAUUCCUUGCGGCCCACAUUCCGCUGUUUCUCUACCCGUUUCUGAACUCCUCGUGCAAGAGCCGUCGUCUCGAGUACCUCAAGCUUACGUGCUUAGGCGUGAUAGGCGCCCUGGUAAAGAGCGAUGACGAGGAGGUUAUCUGCUUCCUGCUCGACACCGAGAUCAUCGCACUAUGUCUCCGCAUCAUGGAAACCGGAUCGGACAUUUCCAAGACGGUGGCCAUUUUCAUCGUACAGAAGAUCAUGCUCGACGACCGUGGCCUCGCUUACGUCUGCGCUACUGCGGAGCGUUUCUACGCGGUGGCGGCGGUGCUGAACAGCAUGGUGAUGAGCCUGUUGGAGUCGCCGUCUCGUCGCAUUCUGAAGCACGUGGUUCGCUGCUACCUGCGUCUGUCUGAAAACCCACGUGCACGCGACAUGUUGCGCAAGUGCCUGCCCAAGCCGCUGCGCAAGAUCGAUCCCGUGUUCUACCCCUGCCUGAAGGAGGAGCCGAUGCUGAAGAAGUGGCUGUUGCAGCUCAUAUGCGACACCGAGCCUACGCAGGAGAUGUCGUCGCCCCAGCAAUGA